UUCCAAGAAGAGGCCCAUCAAAUCAAAUUAGACAAAAAGAUUAGACAGCAGCAACUCAUCAAACACAAAAAAAAAAAUCGAAGUCUCACCGAACUAAAACUAGCCGGAAAUCGCGGCAAGUGUUCCUCCUCCGUCCGUCCGUCCGUCCGCCAACACAUACAGUGACAAACUCUGCCCUUAAGGUUUUCCAGUUCUUUCCAGCACGAUCUGCCACCGCGCUAAUCACCUCCGUAUCAAGCAACGCCGUAGAUAACUGCGUCGCAGCAGAUCAGAGCUUCGCUUCUGCACCGACAUUGACAAUAUAGCGAUGAUGGAAGCAGACUAAGAAAGUAUCUUUUACAAAAUCAAGAAGAUGAGAUUUUCCUCGGUUCCGCCUGGUUUUGCAUCCCUAACAUCUUUUUAUCUGAAAAGGGACGACAAUGUUAAGUCGGACCCAAUCACCACAUCGACUAAACCUGAGAUGGAUGACAAUACUUCGUAUAAACAGAUUUGUACACAACGGCCAUGGAUAAUAUCCGACGAGAGCAAGUGCAAACCUGAGGAAUCUCACACAGAGCAUCCUCCUAUGACUAAAUUGAAACCCCCUACAAAGUCUUCUCUUCCAAAAGGGACCAAAUAUGGAUGUCCAAAAUGCAGUAAUUGUUUUAAGGUAACAGCAAGAUGGCAUCCUGAGGAUGCAAGAAGAGAAGUUCUAGAAGAAGCUCCUAUUUUCCGUCCAACAGAAGAGGAAUUCAAAGACACGCUUAACUAUAUCGCGAGCAUACGUUCCGAAGCAGAACCUUAUGGAAUUUGCCGUAUUGUCCCUCCUGCUAGCUGGAAACCGCCAUGUAGUCUUGAAAAAAAGAAUGUAUGGGAAAACUCUGAAUUUGUUGCUCAAAUUCAGCGAAUUGAUGGGCACCAAGUUCAGUAUGCACCAGAAGUUGUGACUAGCUCUCAUGAUACUACAGAAACCAAGAGAAGAAAAGUGAUGAAAGUAGCCAUGGACUCUCAUCUUGGUAAUAAAAGUACUUGCACCCCUAAUAAUGGGAAGGUUAAAGACUGUGACAAGGAGCCUGAACCUGGUCCUAAAUUUAGUCUCAAAACUUUUAAGAAAUUGGCAGAUGAAUUCAAGAUCCAGUACUUCAACCAUAAGGAUAAGAACAAGAUUAUGGGUUCUGGUAAAAAUUCAGCCAGACAUCAACAGCAAUGGGAGCCAUCUGUUGAGAAUAUUGAGGAUGAAUACGGACGAAUUGCUCAAAAUCCAACUGAAGAAAUUGAGGUUCUCUGCGGUGACACUUUGGAGGCUGGAGAUUUUAGCAGUGGAUUUCCAAUUCCAGCGAUUUCUGAUUCUCUGAAUGCAUGCACUUAUCCUGAAUAUUUGAAAUCUGGAUGGAACUUAAAUAAUAUGCUUUCACUCCCAGGUUCCCUUCUUUCCUUUGAAAGCCCUGAAGCUGCACAGAAAUUUUCCCCUAGGGUACAUGUGGGAAUGUGCUUUUCACCGCUCAAAUGGAAAGUUGAAGAGCGCCAAUUAGACUCAUUAUGUUACAUGCAUUUGGGUGAACCCAAAGUAUGGUAUGGUGUCCCAGGAAGAUGUUCUGUUGACUUUGAAACAAUUUGGAAGAAGUAUCUCGUUGGAGCGCGAGAUAUGUAUGCAGGACAGCCAGAUAUGCAUGAUAAUCUGGUUAUGCAGUUAUCCUGCUCAGUAUUGAAGGGAGAGGGUAUACCAGUGUAUCGGUGUAUUCAGUAUCCUCGUGAGUUUGUUCUUGUCUUUCCUGGAACAUAUCAUUCAGGAUUUGAUUGUGGUUUCAACUGUUCUGAAGCAGCAAGUUUUGCUCCUCUUGAGUGGUUGCUUCAUGGACAGAAUGUUGUAGACUUAUAUAGUGAACAGAAGAGAAAAACUUUAAUUUCAUACGACAAACUGUUACUGGGAGCAGCUAGGGAAGCUGUGAGGACCCGAUGGGAAACCGAUAUAUGUAUGAAGAGCACGCCUGACAACAUAACAUGUAAAGAUGCCUAUCAAAGAAAUGGGAUCUUGUCAAAAGCUUUUAAUUCUCGUAUCAGGAGUGAAAGUUUGAAGAGGAAAUUUAUUUCCACUUCUUUGAAGUCACAAAAGAUGGAUGAAAACUUCACUGCCAGUUGUAAAAGGGAAUGUAGCGUAUGUCUGCGUGAUUUAUUCCUGUCUGCUGUUGGUUGUCCGUGCUCAGAUGACAAGUUUGUGUGUCUUGAUCAUGCAAAACAGCUUUGUUCUUGUCCUUGGACAGGCAGAAUUCUCCUUUACCGUUAUGAAAUCAGUGAAUUGGAGGUUCUUCAUCAAGCUUUGGAUGGAAAACUAAGUGCAGUCUAUAAAUGGGCCAAAGAAGAUCUUGGUUUAACUGUGCGCUCAGUUGCCUCCCAGAAAUCAAAACUAACCCCAGAAAAAGUAAAUGAUUCAGAAGACUCGGUAAAAGAACCUAUAUUGCAGUCAGCGCGGGAUGCAUACAACAAGUGGAAACAGCGUAAAUCACAGGCAACACCAAAUUCUUUGGUGGAGAAACAGAGCGAAAUGGCCUUCCAAGCCAAGCGGACCCCUGGUAGUAUUCACAGUAGUCGGUACGCCAUUCACCCAAAAAAGAACACAACUUUACUUCAUUCAGCAAUAUCAAAUGAUGUCAAAGCUAAAGAGAAAAUGGUGGGGACCAAAUCUGCUGCAACAAGCAUUGGUAAAGGAAGUAAUUCUGCCGGGAUCAAACCUGAUAGCAAGGCAAUUGAGGAUAAGCUCACAAUUUCAAAGAAAGUAGGAGACCCAAAAGUUUCUGAAGUUUCUUCAUCAACUCCAGGCUCGCGUUUCUUGUCUUUACUACAAGAGAACAUUUGGAUUGAUGUUUCGUCUAGUUCUUCAGAAUCCGAUGAGGACUAGAAAUCUAAUCCAGAAAGAAAGCUUUUACUUCUUAUAAUGUCCUCUUGGUUUAUUGCUAAUAAUUUAUUUUAUUAUAAUGUUAUUAAAUUAUGCUAAUUAGUAUAUCUUUUUUCGAUGGUGAGACCUUGUACUCACUGUUCUUAACAAAACAUGACGCCUAAUAUGCAUGUUAGAAACAAUUUAUUUUGGGAGGCCUGCUUCACAGCUUUCGCCUUAUACCAGCUCUGCUUCUGUGAGCCAAUUCUAUUCCAGGUCCAUUGUUGUUUCUUCCCCGUUAGACUGUGGCAAUAGUUGAAUAACUUUAGAUUGCUGAAAGUGAAAACUUAUUAGAAUGUGCUCUCUUUUUCCUUGUAAUGAGUUAUACUUUCUUUGAUCUUUAAAUAAUGUAUGAGAAGCUGGAGCAAGUCAUUAGGGUCUA